GUGGAUAGUCUACUGUAAAUCAUCAAUGGGCGCCAAUAUUUUCAAAAAUAAAUGUGCGAAAAUCAAAGUUUGAAUUAAAUUCGUAAUUAAAAGGCUCAGAUCUGACGAUUCUUACCUUUUUACGUUUCAAACUUGGAAUUACCUGAUCUAUAUGUGAAUUACAAUUUUCAAACACUCUGGCUUAGGGGAAUACCAACACACGAUCCGGUUUUCUCCGGUUUAGCUUUAGUUUCUUUUCAAUAUAUCAAUCAAUAUGGCGUCUAAUCUCGAACAAUUUUCAGUUCUCGCGAGAUCAAUUAGAGAAGAUUGGGGUUUUGGAAAACUAGGUACAAAACUGCUGAAUUAUUGAUGGCAUCCUCUGGCGUGUUUAGCGUGUUGAAGUUUGGUUUAAAAAAUACCAAAUUCAAUCACACAAUCGGCAAGUCCUUGCGUCCUGUUGCCCUUUCCCAUCAAUUCUCGACAACAUCAAAUGACAAGGCAAAAUUUAUUGAUAGUGCCGAAGAAGCUGUGAAGGACAUCCCCGAUGGCGCUAAAUUAUUAGUGGGUGGAUUUGGACUGUGUGGGAUUCCUGAGAAUCUGAUUGGUGGUUUGCUUCACCAUGGGGUCAAAGGUAUUACAGCCGUCAGUAAUAAUGCAGGGGUGGACGAUUUUGGGUUGGGAUUGUUGUUGCAAAAGAAGCAGAUAAAGCGUAUGAUAUCUUCAUACGUAGGUGAAAAUGCUGAGUUUGAGAGACAAUACCUCAGUGGGGAGUUGGAGGUCGAGUUGACCCCACAAGGAACACUAGCUGAAAGGAUACGUGCUGGAGGUGCCGGAGUCCCAGCAUUCUUCACUCCUACAGCCUAUGGUACUCUAGUACAUGAGGGAGGUGCCCCUAUUAAAUACAAUUCUGAUGGGAGUAUUGCUAUUGCCAGUGAACCCAGGGAACACAGAGAGUUUAAUGGAAGACAUUACAUCAUGGAAGAAGCAAUAACAGGAGACUUUGCCUUAGUAAAGGCUUGGAAGGCUGACCGUGCAGGCAACCUCAUAUUCAGGCACACAGCUAGGAACUUUAACCAACCAAUGUGCAAAGCAGGCCAUAUUACAAUUGCUGAAGUAGAGGAGAUUGUUGAUGUUGGGGAGUUUGUACCAGAGGAUGUCCAUAUACCUGGGAUUUUUGUCCAGCGUAUUGUGAAAGGCCCUAGUUACCAAAAACGCAUUGAGAGACUUCGUUUGACAAAAGAAGAUCACGAGGAACAUACUCUAACAGAAGCUGAAAAGAUGCGAGAGAGGAUCGUGCGUCGUGCCGCAAAGGAGUUCAAGGAUGGCAUGUAUGCUAACUUAGGGAUUGGGAUGCCAAUGUUGGCAAGUAACUACAUACCAGAUGAUAUGACUGUGAAUCUACAGAGUGAGAAUGGAAUCCUAGGACUUGGGCCCUUUCCCAAACCAGGUGAAGAAGAUGCAGACUUGAUCAACGCUGGUAAAGAAACAGUGACGGCACUCCCGGGCGCUGCUUACUUCUCAAGUGACGAUUCUUUCGCUAUGAUACGUGGUGGCCAUAUUGACUUGACAAUACUCGGAGCUAUGCAAGUUUCGUGCAAUGGUGAUAUUGCAAACUGGAUGAUUCCUGGUAAGAUGGUUAAGGGAAUGGGUGGAGCCAUGGAUUUGGUCAGUGCUGCCUCUAGUGGUACAAAGGUUGUCGUUACCAUGGAACACACAGCUAAGGGUGGCAAACAUAAGAUCCUGAACCAGUGUUCACUCCCUCUCACAGGCAAGAACUGCGUCAACAUGAUAGUGACGGAGAAAUGUGUCUUUGAUGUGUGCCCUGAAAAUGGACUUACUCUAACUGAGAUUGCUGAUGGACAAACAGUACAAGAUAUUAUUGAGAGUACGGAAUGUGAAUUCAAAGUGUCACCUGAUUUGAAACCAAUGCAAUCUUAGAGAAUGAAUGAGAGUUCUAGCAGGAUGUGUCAUAAGCACUGACCCACAGGGCAACGUGAUUAUUUUACCAUAUAGAACAUCAUAG